GAGCUCGCGCAAAGUGCAGUGAGUUUAGGACUGGAAAGCACGAGAAAUCAGCGCGUGCAGAGGAAAAGAAGCAGCAGUGCUGAAGUAAAUGCAGACGGAGACGAUAGCACUGGGAUAACUAACACAAGGAGAGCAAGGUGAUUUUAUGUCACUCUGACUAUGAAUGUAUAGACCUAAGCAGUUCUAAUAAAGAUGCUGAACACAUCCUUGCUGUGUAUUUGUGCAGUCGUCUGCAGUCAGUUUCUCGGCGCAGCGAGCAGGUCGGACAACGGUAAUUUUCUGGAUGAUAAAUGGCUCAUUGGACACUGGGACAAAUUUCGAGACGAAGUUGAGGAACCCAGAACCUGGAACUCUGGAAAACCUUUUGAUCAAGGUUUGGACCCUGCCAAGGAUCCCUGUCUAAAAGUCAAAUGUAGCCGCCACAAGGUGUGUGUUUCCCAUGACUACCAGACAGCACGUUGUGUUAGUGAAAGAAGGAUGACACAAAGUAUGAAAGAAGUUGGCCUCACUCAAAAGCCAGGGUCUAGUUCCUCAAAGUGCAAGCAAUGUCCAGUCACCCAUCCUGCUCCUGUCUGUGGAACUGAUGGACAUACAUACUCCAUUAAGUGCAAACUGGAGUACCAAGCGUGCAUUUCAGGCAAACAAAUCUCAGUAAAGUGUAAUGGACAUUGCCCAUGCCUUUCCAAUAAAUCUAAGAGUAAAGAAGAAAAUAAAGUUUGCAGUGACCUGGAACUCAGGGAAGUGGUGAACAGAUUGAGGGACUGGUUCAAGGUGCUGCAUGAUAAUGGAAACCAGAACAAGAAAACCAGAAUAAUUCAGAGACCAGAACGAAGUCGGUUUGAUACAAGCAUCCUGCCUAUUUGUAAGGACUCUCUUGGAUGGAUGUUUAACAGACUGGACACAAACUAUGACCUUCUGUUGGAUCAGUCAGAGCUUAGAAGCCUUUACCUUGACAAGUAUGAGCACUGCACCAAAUCAUUCUUUAACUCUUGUGACACGUACAGAGAUGACUUGAUUUCCAAUAACGAAUGGUGUUACUGCUUUCAGAGACAACAAGAUCCUCCAUGCCAGAUGGAACUCGCCAAUAUUCAAAAGCAGCAAGCAGGGAAGAAACUCCUAGGGUUAUAUAUCCCAUCCUGUGAUGAGGAUGGAUAUUAUAAACCCAACCAGUGCCAUGGAAGUGUGGGGCAGUGUUGGUGUGUUGACAGAUAUGGAAAUGAAGUAACAGGAUCCCAAACACAUGGGGCUUCAGACUGUGAGCUGGAGACCUCCGGUGACUUUGGAAGUGGUGAUUUCCAUGACUUAUCAGAUGAUGAGGAUGGAGAAGAAGAUGUGAUCAAUGAAGAAGAUGAAAUUGAAGAUGAUGAUGAAGAUGAGGGUGAUGAUGAAGAUGAUGAUGAUGGAGGAUACAUAUCGUAGUCCUUGCACAUCAUAAACUCUUCUAAUUGCACGUUUCUAAGGUGACAUCCCAUGCAGAUUACUUAACAUACUAACAACCCAAGGAUUCUUUUAACUUCAGAUAUUUCUAACAAAGGCAUUAAAGCAUUUUUCAUUUCUAUGGAAGUGUGAGUGUUUACAUGUGAUUGAGCUUUUUCAAGUUACGAAAACAAACAGGAUGGCCAAAUGAGUUGGGACUCGAAAAAGAAAAGGGAUGAGAAUGAAAAACAACGCUUCACGUGAAGAGCUUCACUAAAACAGAAUAGAAUCAAUUAUGUUAAACGUUUUUUUUUUUUUUUUUUUUUUUUUAACUUGCAAUUACUUUCACAUUGUUUGAUGCAGCCCAUCCCUCUGAGAAUUCCUAAUACAUUUUAGCAGCCUUACAAAUGUCUUCAUGAUACAAAAGGUGUAUUUUUCGUUCACUAUGCUUCAUUCUUAGUUAUCGUGUGGUCACCCACUUAAGGAUAUUUUGGAAGAAGUCAUAGGAAAAGUUUAUGCAAUCUAAUGGGAAAUGCCUUUUAACACCAUGUACUUGGUAUAUAAUAAAAACAACUGACUGAAAGGCAUUCUCUUUUCAGAUGCAACACCAAACCUUCAGAUUUCUUUUUUACAGUCAGUAUGGAAUAUAAUACAUUAACAUUAUGUUAUUAAAGUAAACAGCAUGAAACAGAUUACUUCGGUAUAUGAUGCUCUUUGUUUAUUGUUUGUGUUGGUUUUAUGUGACCUUAUCCUUCAUAUCCGUGGGAUUCUAUGUAGUAACAUUUUACACACAAAUAUCCAUAUGUUAAAAAAAAAGAGAUUAUGGGAAUUAAACUUUGCAGUUAGUUUAGAAAUUUGAAAUAUAAAUUAGUAGACCCAAUAAAAACAACAUAUUUGCCCUUUUUUUGUUAAAAAACACUAAUAUGAUCUACCCUAGGUAUAUAAUUAGAUGCUAUAAUGUAAGAUACCUUUCACAGUUAGAAUUAGAAAGGUUUUAGAAUGCAUAAUACAUCUAGAAUUUAGACAAUAGCUAAGCACACACCCUGUUUAAAGAAGUUCUAAUUAUACAGUUACUGCUGCUGGAAUGAAGAAAAUAUUAUAUUUGGUUGUUAUGUUGAUUAUCACACUGGCUAUUAUAACAUUUUUGUGUAGCAGUAGCUCCUGCAAUUUAACUAUAUAGAGGGAAUUAUUUUAAUCACACUUAUUUGUUUUAUUUUUAUUAGCAUGUUAAUUGAUUGUAUAAACAUUGGAACUCCACUGCCUAGGUCUUUGGGCUUUGUGCCCACAUUUGAAUUUAUCAGCGUGCAUCCUUACACAAUUGGUUGUUACUGAAAUUUAUUGAUGGUCUUUUUCCAUUGCUGUUUGUAUUUCUAACAAGGAAAAUCAUAAUAAAUUCCUGUUUUAUUUAAAUACUAAGGCGAUAAUGCAUUUUUUUUUUUUUUUUACUGUUUAUGUAUAAUUUGCAAUAAUAAAAAUUAGCCAACUGUUGUUGUCUUA